GUAUCAGUUAACCAAUGACUUAAUUGCACAUCUCUGAUACUAACUACUACUUCUUCACAUGCUUACUUUAACCGACUCAUCUAACUCACUUUUCUCUUUAAACCGUUCCUAAACCGUGUCAUAAAACUUAUCAACCGGGUAUAUGCUGGGUGUGCGUGCCGAGAAAUUUCAUAGACUCAGCUCAACGAAGUGUAACCAAUACGAGUACGAUAUUCUACAAUUCGUUUCUAAAUUUGUAUGGGUGGGUUAGGUGAGAAAAAAAACUACCGCCUUUUCAAAUAAAACCGAAUUACAUAUAAAAUUUCUGUGCACAGAAGAGAUGUGCCAAUGAAAGUAGAAUGUACGAAAUUUUCGCAAACUAUGUAAAUAUGUAUGUAUGUUUGCUAUUUUUGACACAAGCUUAUAAAGUUACGCUCCACUGUGCUUCGUUGCCAUGUAGCCAAUUGACAGCCGAAUAGGCAGCCACCUGCGCAUCGAUCCAACAACAUACAUAAUUGGUUGUUGAGCUAUGAACAAUUAUUAGGCGUGCUGAAAGAAAGUUGAAAAACUUAUUGUAGAGUGUUGAAUUUGUAAAAAUUAUCAACAUAUAUAUAAUAUCUUAAUCUUGCGUACAUUGUGCUCUACUGCGCCAAUUCGAUGAGCUCUACACCGAAGUGGUAUUGUCGCAACAAAUCAACGCCACCCUUGCAAACAUUUACGGAGAUUACAAAAUUGGGCAAGGAGUUGAGGCGUGUCACAUAUCGUAUUGCCGUUGAUGUGAAGGUUGAUGUCUUCGAUGAACAUAAUACCCUUUUGGAAGAAGUGGAACGUGUUUGUGAACUCUACUGGAACCUGAAAGACGAGUCACAAAACAAGGAUAUCCACUCAUUGAAUAAGAAAAUCAAGCGCAGUCCCUACAAUGCCUUACUACUGCAGAAAUACAAUAUGCUUGCGGAGAUCAACGAUCGACGCUUUUGUCAGCUAAUGUUUGUCUUGAAGCAAACGGUAACACAAUUGCUACGCAAGUCCAAGCAAUCGGAUAUGUGGCUAAGUUGGGCAUUGCAAAUAUCGUGUCUAUACAAUAAGUGGUGCCGCCGCGAUAGGCUCAAAGAUGCCGACAACAUAGAUGGCGUAUGCAAGGAGGUCGAUGGCGCGCCGAGUCAAGCCGGUGAGAAGAAAGGUCCACAAACAGGUGAAGAUGGCGGCACAGGAGAAGCCAACGCUGCUGAGUGCAAUGCCAACAUUUGCAGCAAUAUGUAUCCCGCAUUGUUGUUGCCGCCAAAAACAAUCGAUUUCGCAUACGUUUUGCAGCACGCUUCACAAAUGCGCAUCGAACAAAACUCGCUUGAUCUGCUUUUUGGGCUCUUCAAUAUGAGCGAGCAGGAGCAAGCUGAGGCAGCAGCUGCAGCUGCUGGCACUUCCUCCGGCGCUAUGUUGGCUGCUGUUCCAGCACCAAAUGCCUCAGAUCUGACUGCCCCCGCAGGCACAACUGCUGGUGAAAAUUGUGAAUCGACUGCCUCUAGUUUGGAAAUUUUACGCAUACUCACGUUCAACAUGCACGGCGACAAUGAGUUCCACUGCUACAACAAUGGCGACAAUGUGGGCUGGGAUGGCGGCAGGGAGAAAAGUAAUUGCCGUAAAUAUGUUGAGCAUUUUUUGCAGCGCGAACGCGCCUAUCUCAGCCAACUCAUAGCUAAAGCUAAUGACUACUGUCCGAGCAUAUUUGGUAAAAGUUGUACGCGUGCGGAGUUGAGUGAAUUUGUUAUGCGCGGCAUGCGUCUGAUAUGGCCAAAUGUGGGACUCAUUUUGGAUCACAUCAUUUUGUGGUGGAUCGAUACGCCACUGGCUUGCUAUCCGCUGACACAUGUCGAGACGAUGAGAAACUGGUUGAAGAAUCACACGGAGAAAGACAUUCCGGAACCUGUUUACUCAACUCUGCGUGGCGUUGCUGAAAGUCUAACAAACUUUGUGGCCAAUAAUAUCUGGGAUCAAUUAUUUCGCUACACUUUGCUAUCAACAAAUUGUAAGCCAGCAACAAUGGAGCGCGCUCUGCGGUUAUAUCGGGCUGUUGAUCAGGAGGAGCAUCUGGGAACUUAUACUGGCGGAUUUUGGGAUUUAGUCUUCAAGAACUUAAUAGACUUAAGUAAUAGUUACUUUCCAAACUGCGAAUUACAAAUGCAAAUUAGUUCUCUGCCCGUUGCCGAACAAAUACCCAUACUGCAUCGCAUUGAUCACUCCGUCCACUCUAUGCGUUUGUGGGUGAAAGAGCAAGCCAAGCAACUUUGUUGCGAAUGGCAAAUGGAUCGUUUCUUUCGCAUACUCGAGCAUGAUGUGCGCGUUUGUUUGGCUGGUUUUAGCUCGCACAAGCUACCAAAACUAACUGCCGAUCUCACAGAUAUACUCAUGCUGGUCAAUGUUGCAUUGCGCGCCAAGUUGAUUCUGGAAAUUAAUGUCAAUAUUGACCAAUUGAAGAAAACCAACGAAGAAUGCGUACAAGUCUUAUCGGAAGUUUGUCGCAUACUCAGUCUUGCCAAUUUUAAACUCGCCUUCCCGCCCGCAUCGCACUGGCAGCAGCGUGUCUUCGACGAAGAUGUGAAAAGCGAUUAUGUCGAUUAUGUGCUGGAUCAAAUAUUUCUGCCUGCCAUUAAAGCCACCAAAGAUUUGGUUAUAUUGAAAUUGAUUUUGAAAAUCAUCUGUGAGGCUUGGUUGGAUUAUAUUUAUAUGAAACGUAUCAAAUUCAGUGUGAAUGGCGCAGUGCAAUUACUCGGUGACUUCGAUUGCGUACGCGAAUGGAUACUGGCCUGUUCGCUGUUGGACACUGAGCAGUUGGAGAAGUUGAGUAAUCACGAGGUGUUGCGCAUGUGCAAAGGUGUGGGUAAAAUAUUAUUACGCAAGCCGGAGGAUGUGAUUUCGAUAAUUCAAUCGCCAAAAUUUGAGUACGAUCGGAAGGCUGUCGGAGCUGAUGCUGCUGCUCAAGAAACCCAAUUACCAUCGGAAAUGUUUGUGUCAAACCAAAAAAAUUGGUUACAACUGCGCGCUAGCAAGGGAAAUAUUUUCAGUUGGUGUUGUGGCGAUUCAGCGGUGUAAAUUAAAAAAAAAAAAAAAACGACGUAUUAUUAAUUUUUCAUAAAAAAUAAAUUGCAAUAAACGGAAGUACAGUUCCCACACGAGUAAAAUCGCAACAUAAAUGUCACAUUUUAAAUAAGUAAUAAAUGACAUUCCAGCUUAAUAUUUUUUUAUUAUAAAAAGUCGCU